AUGUUCCAGCUCCCUAGCAACCCUGAACUGGAGAAGCAGAAAAAAUGGAAUCGACUGCAGUACAAUAUACCAAUGAUUGUGAAGGAGGGAGCCUCAGUUAGUCUGACGUGCUCUGCUCCAGCUCCAGCUCCAUGUUGGUCUCAUCCUCCAGCUCUGACAUGGAGCCCUAACCUGGGUCAGAGUCAGGAGACACUGCAGGAGAAUCAGGACAAAACUAAAGUCAGGACCUCUGUUAUGAAUUUCACUGCUUCUCACCUCCAUCAUGGAAAUAAAAUCUCCUGUACUGCUGUCUACCAGAAACAAGAUGGUAGCCCUGAUGUCACUGCUGAAACAAGUUUAACUCCUGAUAUUUCAUUUCUUCCACAGAUCCUGUUUUCAUCAGAUUGUGUUAGAACUGCAAGUCAGGUUAACUGUUCCUGUGACACUGAGGGAAACCCUUCCCCUGCUGUACAGUGGCAUUUGAACGGGGAACCUGUCAAUCAGUCUGGUGGAUUUGAAAUAUUCAGUGAGACUCUAAACAUCACAGUUCACAGGAGCUCCUUCAUUCUGAGUCAACCACAAGUGAAGCAUUUUUCCACCCUGCUCUGCCGUAGCUUCAACUCGCUGGGAUCUGCCAGUCAACUAUUUUAUAUGAGCAAGUUUAAAAGCUCUGCAGAAUUUCAAGGUUUGUAUUUGGUGCAAUUUUUCAGUCCUUCUGGUCCAGUACCAGAGAACAGCAAUGUGAGUCUAACAUGCAGCAGUAAUGCCAACCCAGCAGUGAGGAACUACAUCUGGUACAGAGCUGAUGGAGACCAGGAGACUUUGUUUGAAACAGGAACUAGUUUAAACACUGUAGCCUCUAAAUCUAGUCAGGGUCUGAAAUGCACUGUGGACUUUACAGUGGAGUCGUUCCUUGGGUCCUCGCUGGCGUGUUUUUCAGUGUCAGUGUCAUCUGUGCGGCAUGCCUUUGCAAAGUACAAAAGAAUGUGA